AUGAUCCUCCUCCUAUACGCCAGUCUCAUGUUCCUUGAGCUGGCAAGCGCCCAAGUCAAAUACGACCCAACCAGCGACACUCUCAUCUGCUCCAAACCCGGAGGGAGCUACUGCCCCGAAGGCUCGCUAGAGGGCUCGACGAUCAUAACCUGCGUGUCUACGACGAUGAUCGAAGUCCGAUCCUGCAAUACCAUGCUCUCGAGGUUCAUCCCAGCACUCUACACUGGCGCCGUAGUUUGUCAUGAAUCAUCCAAGCACGCAGGAGACGCAGUCUGCGCCUUCAAUGGUACGGGAUACUCGAUCGACGGCAAGAUCUCUCACAUCCCCGAGACAACCCUCUGCGGGAGCUGGGAGUCGCCUCUCUUCGCCCUCGGUAGAAACUGCGAUGAAGCAGGAAUGCAGGCUGGCAUCGACACCGUACACGUCUCUGUCUCUGAGACUCCCCGCGUGAAGGACGGCGUCAAUACCCACUUCCCAUCUCCAGCGUCGCUGGACGGAAGCGUCUGCUCCCUGCCAUACAACCCAUGGAAUCUGGGCGACUGCGUCGACGGUGCAGCGGUGACAGCGGUGCCGGUUCUACAGGUUGUUGUAUCCGAUGGUGCGGGGCGUCAGCGUGUAUCUGCAUUUGCAUCUGCAUCUACAUCUUCAGCAUAUGGGGUGGCGGGGGCUUCUCCGAGUAGGACCAGUUCCAUUCCUGUGGUGCCUUCGGCUGUGCCUGGGGCGAGUCCUGCGGCGAGUGGCUGGUCUGUGAGCUCGAGUGGUGCCACUGCGACGGGUGCUGUUAACGUCGGGUCGGGGAGAAGUAUGGUGUGCGAUGGUGCUUGUUGGAGUAUGAUGCUGCUUGUUUCCCUGCGGGUGGUGGCUCAUGUCUUGUUGAUGUGUGGGUGGGCUUAG